GGGUGAAUUUGUGAAUAAAAAACAAACAUACACACACACAUCAAUCGAGAAAGUUUUACAUCCAUUGCCCAUUACACUCGAGUGAAGUGUUGUUGUGCAUAUUUGAAAAAUAUUUUUUUUUUGUAAUGUUAAGUGCUGCAAUAAACCAUUUGUGACGAUGUGAUUAAAUUAAUCUACCAAAAUAAGUGAAAUUAACCGUUUUGUUACGUUUGCACAGAACUUGCAUUGUUCCGUAUAACUGCGCUCAUCGCGCUAGCUACGUAAAUCGAAAGACUUAUUUCACCAAAAACAAGCGACGAACCUCGUGAACUGUUGCGCUUGUUCAAACCUUAAACGGGAACCCUGUUUCGUCAACUAUGUCUCAACGAUUCUUCCCAACAUUCCACAGCGAGCGAAUUAUGUGAGUUUAGUGCAGUGUUUCGUGCAAUUCAUUCCCCUUUUUAAUGUGUAACCCAAGUGCGUCGACAACAGUGCGCCAGACCGAAGAGCGAACGAUUGUUGGGAAUACGAGAUUCUACACAGUGACACAGUGGUGAGCACUGGCUCGAGAUCGUUCAGAUACUAUCGUGUGAUUUGUGCGUUUUCCGAAACAAAAACAAAACCCCGCCAGCAUGUACCCUCCGGUACUAGUGUUAUUGCUAGCGUUAGUGUUCCUCUCCCGCCAAACUGCCGCACUGGAGCUGCAGGACAAUGAUCCAGGCCGGCAGGAAAGUGACAGUUAUUCUAGUCCCUACGGUAGCCCAGUGGCGGGUGGCGGUGUCACCAGUUCCCUACUGCCGUACGAUGGCAGCACCGGUGGCGGAGUGCACGAGUCGGCAACGCUUGGCGCCAACACCGCCGUUGUGUCCCCCUCCGACGUACUGCCACCGGGUGGUGGUCUGCUGGACAGCGUCUACUAUCAACAUCACAACAGCGCCGACCACCAGUACGGUAGCGGCGAGGAGGAUCCCCGUGCCAUCUACCCCGAUAGCUUUAACAGCUCCGAGCUGAGUGGAGCGGACGAGCCGUACCUGACUACCGGUAGCUCCCUGCUGCCCGAUUACGGCUCCAGCGAGCGUAACGACAGUGCGGAAGCGUCACCGCUGGCAACCGUCGACGACCACGAGGCACGGGCCAGUGUGCCGCAGGCAUUCGUGAGCGAUCAGGAGGAGGAUCAGCCGCGGGAUGAGCAGGUCGGUGAGUCAUCGGAGGAUCACCAUCUACACCGGACGGCGCCGGUGCAUCAUCAUUCGCGCGAGGAGCCCACGCUAAGCAGCAGAGCACUGGAGCACCAUCUGCAUCAGAAUUUACCGCCCGAAACGACCAACCAUCUGUACGGUGGUUCGGGCGACACCAACAGUGGCGUUAACGACAGUGCCGAGCAUCACUUCACGUCGCCCGUCGGGCUGGAAAACAACGUCGAGGACACGCAGGAGGAUGACGUGCUGCAGCUGGCCACUACAACGACGAUGCCGGCGCCACCGGUGCCUGGAGCGCUGGGCAGCAGUUCGAGCCCGGACCUGGACGGUAGUGUUGUUGUUGAUCAUCCCGCGGGCGGUCUGCAUCCGUUGCGACCCACGAAACCGGUUCCGCCCACACACCCGGCCGGCGGUGGCUUUGACGAGAGCAAGCUGUCCAAGCCGGAGCUGCUGGCACAGCUGAUCGCGGACAAGAACCUGCGGAUGCCGAUCGCCUUCCUCGUCGACACGUCGAACGAUUCGCUCGCCUUCACCAAGAAGGUGCUGGAGGCGUCGCUGGUGCCGAAGACCCCGCUCGAUACAAUCCUGAUGCGCUACAAUGCCAGCGGCAUAUCCAAAUCGGUUACCUUCCGCAACACCAAGUCACUGAUGGAGGCGGUAAACCUGCUGCAGCCCAGCUUUGAUCGGGGCGGCAGCGAGUACUACAGCAUUCUGCGCACCUCGCAGGAGAUACCGUACGAUAGUGCUAUCUUCUUGGCCACGAGCAGGGCGACUACCGACGCGCAGCUUUCCCGCAUGACCGCACUCACCCUGCUCAAGAAGCGGAUUCGGCUGUACGUGAUCUGGUUCGGCGAGGAGAUCCUGGACACCAAGCAGCAGCUGGACCAGCCGAUGACAAACCAGACGGCACUGCACGAGCUGGCACACAAAACGGGCGGCCGUGUGAUACACUUCGAGAUCGACCGGUACUUUGGCGGCCAUCCGGUGCUGACGACCCUGCUCGCCCAGCACGAUCUGCACGGCACACAAUCGAUCCCGGUCAGCGUCGGCGAGGAUGUGAACGGUCUGUACUUCAAGCUGCACGGUCACCUCGACCAGGCCACGCUGGAAACGCCCAACGGAUCGCUCAUCGAUUUACUACGCGACAGUGGAACGAGCGCAAAACCGCAACGCAACGGUGCGACGGACCCGGCGAGCCGGAACGAAGCUCCCGUCAUGCUGUACCACCUUAACCAGACCGAGCCGGGCACCUACAGGCUUAAUGUAUCGUCCACCUCCAGCCCAUUGGAGCAUGCGUACAACGUGACGAUAAAGUCUGCACAACUCUAUUGGGACGGCGGCAUCGACACUUACGACGUUGGACCCGGACCAGCAAUGGUGCCGGAAGGGUGGGAAACCGAGGAGGCAGUCGAUUUGCUGAGCAAUAAUGUUGCCGGCGAGACGGACCGCAGGCUGCACGCUGGUGGAAGCUCAAAGCUACCACGAUCAAGCGGCGAUGAGCACCGGUUUGCGCGCCAAACCGAGCUCACGGACGAGGAUAGUGGCAUCAUCAGUGGUCGCGCCUCGAUCCAAGCCAUCACCAAGGUGGAUGUCGGCGUGAACUCGCAGCUGAUCGGAGCACGCGGACAAGCGCUCCAGCUGUACUUCGAAGUUACCAACUAUCGCCAAACGCCAAUAACGUACUUUUUCCGCGUCACGGACGAGCUAGCGUUCCUGCGCUCACUAAACCCUGGGCAAGUAACGCUAAACCCGGGCCAAUCGAUCAUCGUAACGGUGGCACUGAUCGUAACACCGACGGCCGAAAUUGGUUCCCGCGACAAGGUAACCUUCUCGACGACCGGCGUCGAUACGGUGUCCCAGUCCGCCUGGGUGACCGUGUCCGAUUCGGCCGGGCUGGCCGACACUACGCGCCCCUCGCUCUGGUACACCUACUCGAGCCGGUGCGAGGGCCGCUCGACACCGGCCACCUGUACCGGGGCGUUCUGGACGCUCGAGGUAAUGGCACGCGACUACGAGACGGGCCUGAUGCGCAUCUCCUCCAGCCCGGCCGGCCUGCUCUACAAAACGCCCUUCACUGCCGGCACACGGGACGAGGUGCGGGCGAGCUAUACCGCGUCCUGCUGCCAGCCACGCGUCACCGUCACGGCGUACGAUGUGAGCCGAAACGUGCGCAGCCUCAAUCUGGACGUGACGGACAUUUGGCUAAACGAGGCGGGCAUUGCGGCGGUGGUGCUCGGGGUGCUGCUGUUCAUCGCACUGAUCAUACUGCUGGUGCUGCUCAUACGGUACUGCAUUCGCAAGCGCAAGCAAUCGCAGGAGCUGCCGAUCUACAGGGGCGGCGAACCGAUCGGCAGUCGUCGUACCAAGUGAACAUAAUCGUAGCAUUAGGAAGCUGCAUUCCAUACCAUAAGUUGCCCUCGCUUUAGUACGUAAAACAGUAAUCGCUAACGUGCAGAAUAAGCAUUAUGUUUAAUCAUUAAAAGGGAGACAGAGAUACCAAAUGUUACCUCCGUUGUGAGCAUGAAAUAAAUAAUAAAAAUCAUUUAUAAACAA